AUGACUUCUUCCGACGUUCGCGAUGUCCUCAACCUGGGCGACGGUGCGUCUGGCCCCCGAUCGAGCAAAAAGCAGAAGAUCUCAGCGCCGAGACCAAACCUGAAGGGCCUGGCGCGUGAAGUACACAACCUUGGAGGCGACAAUCCUAUCGCCAUCGUCCCCGAAGUCACACAUUUCAAGAAGCGACGCUUUGCAAGUCGUAAGCCUGCUGCGAAAUGGGAGAUGCGACCAUUCAAGAAUUCGGCGCGGAGUGAUUCGGAUUUCACCUUGCGACACUGGAGGAGGAAGGACGAGAAGCAAGAAGGCAACGAUCCAUUGCAGGAACAGAUGAGCCAGGAAGAACAACCACAACCGUCCCAAGAUAAGCUCGAGGAUUCCGCGUUUGCCAAGUUCAACGUGCAAGUUUCAGUACCGCAGUACAGCGAGGGCCAGUAUGAGCAAUCACUACAACACAGCGACUGGACUAAGGAGGAGACGGAUUAUUUGCUCGAACUGGCACGAGAUUUUGACCUCCGAUGGCCCUUAAUAUGGGAUCGCUACGAGUGGAACCCUCCGGCUAUGAACGGGGAGGCUGACGCGGACGGCGACGAGAGUAAAGCGAUUGUGCCGACGACAAGGUCUCGAUCCCUCGAGGAUCUCAAAGCACGGUAUUACGAAGUCGCAUCCAAGAUGAUGGCAGCGCAGAAGCCUGUGCAGUACAUGACACAACCCGAAUUCUCCCUCCAUGAACUCAUGGCACACUUCAACCCGCAGCAGGAGAAGUCAAGAAAGGAGUUUGCGCUAAAUGCUCUGACGCGGUCACGCGAAGAAGCUCGCGAAGAAGAAUCGCUCUUGCUGGAGAUUAAGCGAAUUCUGGCACGCAGCGAGCGAUUCAACGAUGACCGGCGCGAGCUUUACAAUCGCCUCGAUUACCCUCGAGCGGAUACUGACAUCAACGCUUUCAAGUCUUCUGCAGGCCUGCAGAACCUCCUGCAGAACCUCAUGACCGCCGAUAAGUCCAAGAAGCGUAAGUCACUAAUGCCUGGCGAUGGCAUCAGUCCAUCUGGCACAGCACCCCCACAAACAGCAGCCGCUGCCUCUGCUGCCGCCACUGCCGCUGCUGCCGCCGCCGCCGCAGCAACACAAGAGGCCGGGAGGCGCGAAAGCACGGUCGCAUCCACUGGUCCUCGCGAAUCUACCGGCCCUGCUCCUACUCCAACAGCUUCAAACAACAAGAAGGGCCAGCAGCAACAACAGCAAGAGCGCCGCAAACUCACGACGCAAGAGGAGCUGCUGUAUGGCGUAACCCAUCAUGACCGACUCGGCUCCGGGCCAACUUUCCGAACAGAGAGAAUCAACAAACUCUUCUCACACAAGUCGAACCAGCAGCAAUUGCGUAUCACCAAUGUCCUCAACGAGUUAGAUGUGCCUAACAAGCUUGCUAUGCCGACCGCGGCGACUACACAUCAGUAUGAACAACUUCUCGCGGCCGUCAACAGUCUGCUCGAUGCUCGUAAGGUCUCAGAUAAGCUUGAAUCCGAGAUCAAAAUCGAGGAGGCAAAGAAGGCAGAGCGAGAGAAAGCUCUGGCACCCCCUGAAUCCGAGUCAUCGGCCGGAAAAGACCAAGAAACAAAGGAUGGGGAUAACACGGAAGGUCCUGGAGCCGCUGCAGUGAAAACAAACGGCAACGUCACAUCUGCACCUGAAAAUGCAAGCAAGGGUGCUCUAGAAACAGCAGCCCCAACGACCGAAACUGCAGACAAUGAAACGGAACAGAACACUGAAACUGAUAAGAACGGGCGUCCUGGUAGUAGCGGUGCCACGCACAAGCGAAGUGCCAGUGUCUUAAGCAACGUCAGUGACAAGAGCAACAAACGCCAGAAGAAGUAA